CUAGGAGGAUGCAGAACCCCUGACCUCUGGCUGGACAUUACUGAUUGGCCCUGUAGUGGUCACAUGCACUCUCCUAAGAAAAUAAAAAACCUCUCUAGCAAUACACACCAAAGUGAGCAAGCGCAGACUGACUCCACACGAUAUGUCUUAUCAGGAGAAGAGGAGGAUUAGAGAAGACAGGAUCAAGCAGAGUUUUUAUACAAUGCAGGGAAUUAACUCCUUAGGUUCCACAGUGAGUAUAACAAGCAUGCUUUACUGCAUAUAUAGACUGAUUUUACUGUUGUGAGUUUAG